AUGAGGAGAUGCUGUCUAGGACUCUGCCCUGAGAGUGAUGUCUCCCCCGUUCUCUUGCUCUUGUCCCUUUCGGGCGCCAGGACGUCUUCGGUGAUAGCCAUGCCUUCCAGAGACAGGGGCCUGCAUCCCGGCCACCAUCACCUCGGCUCCUGCGGCCCUUUGAAUCGGUUCUUGCCACGCCCCGUGGAGCCCCCGUGCAUCAAGGGCAUUUACUACCGCAGGGCCCGGAAGCUGGGAGCGCAGGACGCCUCCUGGACGGCGGACCUGAAGAAGGAGAUGCUGGUCAACGUGGGGGGCAAGCGGUACCUCCUUCCGUGGAGCACGCUGGACGAGUUUCCACUGAGCCGCCUGAGCAAACUCCGCUUCUGCCGGAGCCACGAGGAGAUCGCGCAGCUCUGCGACGAUUACGACGAGGGUAACCAAGAGUUCUUCUUUGACCGGAGCCCCAGAGCUUUCGGCGUGAUCGUGAGCUUCCUGGCGGCAGGCAAGCUGGUCCUCCUCCAGGAGAUGUGUGUGCUGUCCUUCCAGGAGGAGCUGACCUACUGGGGGAUCGAAGAAGCCAAUCUGGAGACGUGCUGCCUGCAGACAUUGCUGAGGAAGCUGGACGAAGUGACCGAGCCGCGCACGGAGGAGACGCUGCAGCGUCGGGCAGCCAGCCGCCCCGCCGUGCACAUGUCCCGCUGGGCGCUCUUCAGGAACCGGCUGCGGGAGAUGGUGGAGAACCCGCAGUCGGGGCUCCCCGGAAAGGUCUUUGCUUGUCUGUCCAUCCUCUUCGUGGCCACCAUGGCCGUCAGCCUGUGCGUUAGCACCAUGCCGGACCUGAGGGCGGAGGAGGGCAAGGGGGAGUGCUCGCAGAAGUGCUACUCCAUUUUCAUCGUGGAGACCGUCUGCGUGGCCUGGUUUUCCCUGGAGUUCUGCUUGCGGUUUGUCCAGGCCCAGAACAAGUGCCAGUUCUUCCAAGGGCCCCUGAACAUCAUCGACAUCCUGGCCAUCUCCCCCUACUACGUGUCCCUCGCGGUGUCCGACGAGCCCCAGGAGGACGGCGCGAGGCCGAGCCGGAGCCCGUACCUGGAGAAGGCGGGACUGGCGCUGCGCGUGCUCCGGGCACUGCGCAUCCUCUACGUGAUGCGCCUCGCCCGCCACUCGCUGGGUCUGCAGACGCUGGGCCUCACGGUGCGCCGCUGCACGCGCGAGCUCGGCCUGCUCCUCCUCUUCCUCUGCGUAGCCAUCACCCUCUUCUCUCCUCUGAUCUACGUGGCCGAGAAUGAGGCCGGGCGAGUUCUGGAGUUCACCAGCAUCCCGGCCUCCUAUUGGUGGGCCGUCAUCUCCAUGACGACAGUGGGCUACGGAGACAUGGUCCCGAGCAGCGUGCCGGGCCAGAUGGUGGCCCUCAGCAGCAUCCUGAGCGGCAUCCUCAUCAUGGCCUUCCCGGCCACGUCCAUCUUUCACAUUUUCUCACACUCCUACCUGGAGCUCAAGAAGGAGCAGGAGAGGCUGGAGGCUCGCUUCCGCCGCCUGCAGAACGCGGCCACGGCCAGUGAACACGAACUCUUAAACGACGUCCAAGACCUGAUCCUGGAGGGCCCUGCCUUGCCCAUCGCAUACAUUUAA